UGUACAUGUACAUGUACCUUCCUGUUUUACACUGUGACUAAACCACCUUUCUUCUAAACCUCCUCGCACCUGUACUCCAGCCCACAGAGAUACUGAGGCAAAGCAAACAGGUGGUUGUUUGGAGGAGAUAUAAUGACUUUAAGAAACUCCACAAGGCUCUGUCUGCAAGAUAUAAACACCUGGCCAGAUCGGAGCCCUUCCCAGCAUUUGCAAAAGCUAAGAUAUUUGGUCGGUUUGAUGAAGCAGUGGUGGAAGAGCGGAGACAGAGUGCGCUCGAGUUGUUAGAGUUUGUAGGGAAGAUCCCUUACCUUGCCAGCAGCAGCAUUUUACAGACAUUCUUUGAGGGAGGUUUACAGGUGGACCCUGAGGGGGAGCAGAAGGUGCUGAGAGAAGCUGUGCUCCAGCCUGACGUGGUCUCCCCACCCCCAGGGGAUGCUGUGGAGGAAACAGAAGAGGACGUCAGGGAGUCCCCUCAGCAGGAGUCCGAGGGAAACAGGGAGCAGAGUUUAGGUGGGGUUUGGCUACACAAGACUGCUGAUGACAACAUCAGUCUUCACUCGGAUGACAUGACCUGUAGCGACGACGAUGCAACAACUUUCACCGACGAUUCCAUGCCCAACACGCCGCUGCCAUCCCAGGACAUGUCUUUCUUCGACCCCCUUAACAAGAAAGAUCUGCUGGCCCUACCAGAGGAGGAGGGGGAAGGGGAGGGAACACUGCGGCGCAGUAACAGCUGGCUGCUGAGGGCCAUGGACGAGUGCACCGAGCUGGCUUCAGGCAGCAGUGCAGAAGAUGGGGAUGAGGGCUUAAUAAUGAGACUGCCAAAAGAGGAUGUAGCAGCUGAUAUAGCUAACUUUCUGGCAACAGCAGACAACAGUAGUGCCGCCGACUCUGGGAUUGUAGAAAGCCCACAGCAUGACAGCCAAUCAGACGCAGUGGAAGGCUCCCUCAAGGAUAGCCCCUGGGCCCCUUCCAGACAGGACAGUUUUGAGGAGAGAAAUAGGCACUGGCAGGGAUCUGUGGCCAGGGCUUACCUGGACAGUGUAAGAUACAGGUCCAGAAGAGAAAGUGGCCAACAAGGCCCAGAGGCAGACAAGACCAAAACUAGUGACAUUGACGACAAGGCUGAUGGGAUAGUUGUGAGUCACACCUCGCCCGUUCACAACAGAGUGCGAGCGUUGUCGGGAAGGAGCGUGGGAUCGUUCGACCUCGGAGCGGAGAUGGCGGACUACAUCCACGAGGCCGCACAGAUGAUCCGAUUGGCUCUUGAGAACGAGGCUUGCGGCAGCUUCGAGGCAGCGUUUGGGUACUACAAGUCUGGUGUGGAGAUGCUGCUGAGGGGUGUGCAGAAUGACACCAACAAGACCAGACGGGAAGCCGUCCGUAGGAAGACGGCCCAGUACCUGCUGCGAGCAGAGGACCUGUACAACAGGCAUCUACCGGGGACAGGUACCAGCCUGACUACAGGCCAGAUCUCCCCAAGGCUGUUGGCCUAUCCAACCCACGGGAGGACUGACAGUGUGGACCUGGACCCAGUCACUGCACAUCUGUGUGGGCCAACUUCUGACCUUCAGAACUACAAGGUCAUUGGUGUGGUCGACAAGGUUGCCUUAGUGAUUGACAUCACUACCAACAAUACAUAUGUCAUCAAGGUUCUCCAGAAGGAUAGUGGUGACCACACAUGUCACAAAAGCAUAGUUCCUGCCAGAAUACCCUACAUGGUCCAGCUGUACUGUUACUAUACCACCGAACAUGCUGUGUUCCUAGUGCUGGAGUAUGCAGCAGGAGGAAAGCUGUGGAGCAGCAUCAGUGGGUACCUCCACCAGCACAGCACCUUCGGCCAGGACAGCGGGGAGUUCCAAGAGCGUAGCCUGGAGGAGGGUUCCCACGCCUCCCAUGGUAGGACCUCCAGUACCGUGGAACACACGUCCGCUGCAUCCAGCAACAAGACCCUCAGCCCAAAACAUCAGCCAUCUCUCAAGUCUGGAGACAAUCCCGAGAACGAUGCGUCGCCAGAAGACUUGUUACUGGCGCAGAUUGAUCAAGAGUUGCAGUUGGAAAAGGCAACAGAUGACCACAGGGACACUUCGAUGGACGAUGACCUGACGGCGGGGCCAGAGCCGGUCAGCAGUUACGUUGACCUGUUCCACCAGUACGAGAAGGAGCGGGAUCGCGCGAGCAGCUUCUCCAGCGACCUCGCCAGCCCCGUGUACGGUGACGAGUACGUCUUCGACGACAGACACAGAAGUAUGACCAGCGACAGCCUGAUAUCUCCGGUCAAACUGCGAGACAGAGACUCUUCCUUUCUCAGUGAUGUUGGCGAUGUGAGCGCCAUACUUGCACAGGAAGACAACACUGAGGAACCAAUGGUGCACAGCAACAGUGGGACGUUCCUCCCCAGUAAGAUCCCCAAUGCAGACAUGCAUGUGUUCAGUAUUGAGAGUAUGGAAGAGGAAGACUUUACGUCUGUUCUGGAACUGAACAAGAAGAACGAAGAGUUCAAAAGUAUCUACGACUCCGUUGUUGCGGAAGAAAACGAAAUGGAGAGAGAUCCUUUUGGGCUCAGCGAGGGAGAUGAGUUUGGAACAACAGAGCAGCAUGUAGAUAUCAGAGUAGAUAAUUUACAAACAGAUGUAGCCACAAGUGAAUCAGAACAUUGUCUUAUAGAGAAGACAGGUGUAGAAUGUGCACAUAAAGAGGAAGACGAAGGUAAAGACGAAGAAGUUUUCUCUCAUAAUGAGACAGGUCUCAAUGAUGAAAAUGCAAAUGGGAUGAUUGAAUGUGUCAGAGAAGAUUCUUCUGAAGAAGGUACAGAGUCUACUGUAGUGUCAGACAGAAAGUCAGAGUCAAACAGAUUACAAGGAGAAAGGGUAGAGUCAGAAGAAGUGGUCAGUGAAGGAACAUGUCUGUCAGAACACAAUGACCAAACUGUUGCAAACAAACAUGAUGUUGAGACCAUAAGGGACAAAGAAAUUGACUCCUGUGGGCCUGCACUCACUGAUAUGGAUGCAAGACUGAAUACAAUGGAAAUGGAAGGAGAAACAGUUCUGCCAAGUACAGUGCAGAGAACAGGUUCCCUUGUUUCUGAUGAUGUCAAUGAUUCCUCACAGACCCCAUCACUACCUUGUGAAGCUGGUACUUUGCCACAGUCUGACCCUGGUUCCACAGGGGUACCUCCUGGUUCCACAGGGGUCCCUCGUGGUUCCACAGAAGAGGAGUCCAACCCCUUGAGUGAAGAACAGCAGAAGGUUCUGGACAAACUGAUGCAGAUGCGACCUGCGGGCAGGAAGCAUUCUUACAAGAAAGGUUCUUACAACAUCCGGGUGAAUCCACUGGAGGACAUGGACCAGGAAGAGGGGGUGGAUGAGGACGUAUUUAAGUUAGAAUACCCCCCUGUACGGCUGGACAUUGACCCCGACGAUGCCCCUAUUUUGAACACGGGUACCUUCAGUACGACAGUAGCCCUGGAAGGUGACGCAAAGUCUUCUGUGAUGAUUCAUAAGGACACCAUCCCCAGUCUGCCUGUAACACCUAUAAAGAGGAGGUCUAGCUCGAGCACCUCUAGCGGAACAAAAUCUCCCGGAUACAUCUCACCAAGGUUGUCACCACAACAGAGCCCUGUAAAACAAACAUCAUCAGGAGACCGCAGAAGUACUAGCGGAGGUAGUCCAAGAGAAAGAUUGGACUCUCUGGACACUUCCACACCAGAAAAGAAAUCUGACAAGGCAGCAAAAUUGCCUUUGAGAAAACCUUCAGCAGAGAGUGCAGAAUUGAGACAUGGCUCUGAUACAUCUGGACAGUCCCCAAAACAGUUCAACAUCUACUCAGGAAGAAGGGAUGAAUCAUUUAUGGAUCAGGGGGAGGAUGUGCGGCCAAGGAAAAGGACGACGUCUGUAUUGUUUUCGCAUUUAGAUAAAUCGGCUAAGUCGUUCCAGGGCAUGACGCUGCCAGAGCCAUGUGUGAGACAGUGGGCAGCGGAGAUUGUCAUUGCCUUGUCCAAACUACACCAAAGAGGCAUCAUCUGCAGAGACCUGAGUCCGGACAAUGUGCUAUUGAGUGACAGAGGUCACAUCCGCCUGACCUACUUCAGCCAGUGGACCAGUGUGGACAGGUCCUUCAGCUGGCCAUCAAGUCAACAGCUGUAUGUGGCACCUGAAGUGGCAAGUGUGUUCAGGGUGACGCCGGCUUGUGAUUGGUGGAGCUUGGGGGCUUUGUUGUUUGAACUUCUCACAGGAAAGGCACUUCUGGACUGCCAUCCGGCAGGCAUCACCUCCCACACCAGUCUGCACAUCCCGGAGCAUGUCUCCACGGAGGCACGCGGCCUCCUGCAGCAGCUGCUCCAGCCUAACGUCUCCGAGAGGCUGGGCAGCGGGAUCGACGGGGCCGAGGACAUCAAGGCUCAUCCCUUCUUCAGAGACAUCAACUGGGAGGAGCUCAGGGAAUGAGAAGUAUGUGUGAUUGUGGACCUGUUACAUGACCAACAACACAGUUCCCCAGUCUUCCCUGUAUGAAAAAAGCUAGGCCAUGUGCAAUAAGCAUGGAAAAAAGACAUUCUGUUGUGUGUCAGUAGUUCGGGGCAAAGGACAUCAAGGCACAUCCCUUCUUUAGAGACAUCAACUGGGAAGAGCUGAGGGAAUGUGUGAUUGUGGACCUGUUACGUGAUUGCAGGGUUCUAGCCAGCGUCAGUCCUUCCGUCCUUUGACAGAAUCUUGCAGCUGGGGAGGUACAAAAAUUUUGCUUAUUCCGUCCUCUGUGACGGACAAUAAUCUGCAUAUUAGGCCACACCAAUUUAAUUUCUUGGUUC